AAUGGUGGUGGGAAUAGCGACGGUGGUGGUGGUGGUGAGUCGAGCAACUGCGCAGAUCCGAAAGUCUCUCAGCCGCGAGUACGUAACCAAACUCCGAUUUAGUGAGGACUGACUGUUCCCGUUUGCAGUGCAGCUCGAAAUCUCAGGGAGAAACCGCGGGUCUUUCGUCCUCUCCUUCUUCUGUCCCUCUCUAUCUACGUCUAUCUGUCUCUUUCUCUCUACCCUUUCUCUCGCUAUCACGUUCGUACGCUUACUCCCUCUGUGUCUCUCCCUGUCUCUCCCUCUACUUUCUCAACCGUUGCUUCUACGGUGCCUUUUGUUUUAGUUUCGCUCGCCGCGGCAAAGUACGUCCAUCGCGUUUUUUAUUCGCGGCCCGUCUAUCUAUCCGGACGAGAUACGUGCGCGAGUCGAGCGUCUAUGAUCCUUUCGCCGGUCGGAAGGGGUCGUCAAUCGACGUUGUUCGAGAGACCGUGACGGGUUUUCGGUACAGGAGCGGUCGUCGUGUCUCGUGCGAAUUCCAAGUGGUUCCCCAUGGGCAGUCACGUGGCUGGCCAGUGAUUCGAGAGCAGACGCGACGUUGAUUUCGCUUUGGACAACUCGUCUCUCUGUGCCCAGGAUGAAACGUGCGUGUGCCAGUUGAUCACCGGUUCCCUGGACGUUGGACGACCCGUGCCAGCGGGAUUGGACCCGCAGGACGUCUGCCGUGUGUGCGAGGAAUCGACGUCGGGGCCAGGUCGAUGUGCACAACUCCGGGGGAACGUGCUGAAACUCCACGUCUGUCAGUGGUAGUUCCAGUGGAGGAGGAGUUCAUAUGGAAUGGCAUCACGUGGCCCCACGGCGACGACGCUGCCAGUCGCGAUAGCGAUGGCCGUCGCGAUGUCAGUGAUGGCGAACGGUCUCUGUCCGACGCAAUGUCGCUGCGACGACGACACCUUGAGCGCAUCCUGCGCUUACGCGGGCCUGGAGGUCGUUCCGAUCCAAUUGAAUCCGGAAAUCAAGCACCUGGAUCUGUCCAACAACCGUGUCGGGAACAUUCACCUCUCGUUUGGGUUCUACGGUAACCUGGAGACCCUCGAUCUCACCUCGAACGCCAUCCACACGUUGGGCUCGGACAACUUCGUCUUCCAGAAGAACCUGGUCGCCCUGAACGUGAGCGACAACGCGGUCAGAGCGUUGGCGAAGAACGCGCUUCAAGGUAUGGACAUUUUGAAGGAGCUGAACCUGGCCAGCAACAACAUCUCCGACAUGGACGAGCAAGCGUUCAAGAGCACCAGCGAGCUAGAAGUCCUGAAUCUCAGCGACAACCCAAUCACCAGUUUGCCCGAGGGCCUGCUGAGGAAUCUGCACAAGAUUCGCACCCUCGUUCUGAACAGAAACUCGCUGCUCGAGAUCCCGACGGACAAUUUGGCACUGGCACCCAGUCUGGAGAACGUAGACCUGUCCGACAAUCUGAUCCAGGAGCUGGACAGGGACUCGUUGCCCUCGUUGCCGUCGUUAGUCUCGCUGGAUCUCGCGAACAACGUUAUCAGGAACAUCGCUGACGACGCGUUCGACCGUCUGCCGGGCCUGUUGCGUCUGGACCUAUCGGGAAACAAUCUGACGUCCGUGCCCACGUCUUCGCUGGCCAGGCUGAACGUUCUGUCGCACCUGGUGCUCAGUCGUAACCCCCUGGGCAGCCUCGAACCGGUCGGAUUUAGGAAUCUCUUCGAACUGAGGAGCCUCGAGUUGAACGACUGCACGAUCGUGAGCGUUCACGCGAGGGCGUUCGCCGACAACGUGAAUCUCGAGCGAAUCUCGUUGGACGGGAAUCGGGGGCUGAAGGAGCUACCCGCUAGGGUUCUUUACAGUGCCAGAUAUCUGAAAUGGGUGUCCCUGCGUCGGUGUAGCCUCUCCACCCUGCAACCCACGCAGUUCCCCGUGGACGGGCUGUCCGCUCUACGAGUCGGCGGCAAUCCCCUCGUCUGCAAUUGCUCCGUGCAUUGGCUGUGGAACGUUAUCAGGGCGGAGGAACGACGGAACGAGUCGAGGCUCGAACUGGAUACCCGCGAUAUCAUCUGCAGCGACGAGGAGUUCGCUGGGAAAGCGUUGAUCGCCCUAUCGGAGGGCUCGCUACGUUGCCGUCUGAGUCCUCUCUAUCUGUCGUUGUCGGCCGCCGGCUGUCUGGCCGCGACGGCGACCAUUCUGGCGCUGAUAGCGCAUCUCACGAGGACGAAGAGGAAGAAACGGAUGGCGUACGCCGCCCCUAAUCGCCCCGAGUUCCUGGUUUACGUCGGCAGAAACAACGACGAGAUGGACAAGAACGCGGAGUCGUACAGCAGACGUUUGCUGGCAAGGAGCGAGGACACCCCCUACGACACGCCGCGCGGCAAGAUCGGCCAGCCGAGUCCACCUCAGUCCCAGGACACGAACAUCUACGAGACCCCCAAGUACAACCGCGUCUCUAGACGAGACGGAGAACAGCCGUAUCGCGGCCAAACGGAAGAGGGUGUGUACGCGGUGGCGGACGUGACCGAUCUCCGCGACGAGCCACCGGAAGUGAUGUCCCUCUAUCGCAUGCAGAGUCCCGCUGCGCCCAGAUCCAACGGACACCGGCUGGACUACGGUUACGACUACGAUUACGAUUACGAUUACGAACCGCCGCUUCCCGAGAAGCCGCACGUCGUGUUUGUCUGAACGCCUUUGGGGACCUGUUACGUUCCGUCGUUGCGCGAAUCGAGUCUCGAGUCUCUGGAGCAGUGGUUCUUAUUAUUUUCGAACUCUUGGCAGAGUUACGAAGUGGCCAGUCUUUCUGGAUGAGGUUACACAGGAUAAACUUAAUUAUCGUCGAGAGGAUUCAAUUUGCCGAUUCGAGUGAGCUGUUGGAAGGGUGGAACGAAUAGAAUUUACUUCUAGAGUGGGUUAUGUCUCGUUCUAGGUUCGCUCGGCGACCGUACUUCGAAGCGGUGCCGUACGCGUGAUCCGUAGAAUUUGUUGUAUUUUUCAUUAUACCUUUGAGAGUAGUAAUAUCGGUGAAUCGACAAGAUUUCGUGCCAGAGAUGAGCCCAAACUCGACCUCGUUCGUACUGAAAUGGCGUAUCUGCCAUCGUGGUCUGCAAACUAGGUCGUUUACGCCCACUCCAAGCUUUUAUUUUUAUGUUCUAAGCUUAAAAAAAAAGUAUAUGUAGAAAAAAUUGGGAUUACAUUUUGAAGUUUCCAGAACAUCAUCCGAUAGUUGUGAAAGUGGAAUUAGGACGGGGAAGGGUUUUCCGCCCAUCUUCGUUUCGCAGGAACUUGAGAGCAAAAGUUAGCUCAGAUUUUCCAUGACCCAGUUCGCACACAGAGGAUUAAAUAAUUCAAUAAUAAAUUGCUAGUGAAUUAUAACUCCAAGGAAGAGGAACAAGUUGGUUCGAAAGGAGCAUCAGCUGAAACGUAAACAUGUAUUAAAAUUCUUCUUAAAGUUUCUUUGUUCUAGACUAAAAUUAACUGAUGCUUUGUUUGGGAACAGACUUUUGUUAGUUAAGAAUCACUGCUCUGCAGGGGUGCUCGAGCCAUUCGCGUCGCUGAAAGUUUCGUGUCGUCGACAAGUUGCCACCCGUAGUUUGGAAACGUUUCUUCGAAUUCCUUCGAUUACCGAGGGAAGCGCGGGCAAUCGUCGCUAUCGCGGGGACAGGAGGAUUUAAUAUAACCCGAUCUCUUCUGACUGAUUGCCAGAGAUCAACCGCGAUACGGUAAAUCCAUCCUUCGCCCGAAAGUAUCGAUUCUGUCAUCCGUGAGGAGGUCUGCGAGCCGUGCGUUUCAUCGCAGGGAGUGAAAGGACUGAGUCGAAAAGUGGCCAUUUUUAGUAGUCGUUGGAGAAGAUAAAUUCGUAUGUGACGUGUACCAUGGAGAAUCACGAAACAAUUGUUUAACGUGUGAUGGGAAAAUUGAGAUAAACUUACUCGAUGUUUCGAGUGCUGUAGCGAGUGCAACUCACCCUUAAGUGGCACGUGUGUACUUACGAAUAGAUUAUUGCUUUAGGUUUAGUUAGGUUUAGCUACUUUUUUGUUCUUAAGUUACUUAAGUACAAAGUAUGAUUUCUACUUAAGUACAAGUUAUGAAGACCUGCAUAGAUAAGAAAGAAACGAGGUAUCAAUUGACGACAAAAAUGAUUGAAACUUCCUGUUGAAGACAGAAAGAAGACAGACUUGCCCUUAAUUAACGGAUGAUGAGCCAUCGGGUGUAUGUCCUCAUUUAUCCCAUUUUUGGAUCCUCGCAUCUCAAAAACAAAUUCAUAAUUCACGAACCACGAUCAGACCUAUGAAAUUUCCUCUCGUAGAUAAGAAUCAGGUUUAUUACAAUUAUCCCAUCGCGCAUGAAUUGAACAACUGCCUCUAAUUGUUCGGGUACAAGUGCCUGUUACCCAAAAAAUAGCUAUUUUCACGACGAGUGCCAACGAUGGCCCUCCACUGCCCUUCGCAUCGAUCACCGCGAUCGAAUCGACCGAUGCGAUAACGCGAGGAUCGUUCACGCCGUGGUCUACCGGGUGUACGAGUCGAAAAUGAAAUGUCUUCCGAGAUAGUUGCGCCAACCCGUAGAAGCAGAAUGCAUUUUCACUGGGCGAACGCAAUCUGACUUGGAAUGUAAAUUGGU